UCAGCGAGAGGCGAGAGACAGCAUCCAGCAAAACCCAUCAGCCAGCAUCCGCGCGAGCUGUUCGAAUUUGCGAAAAACGUUUGUAAAAUAAUUAAUUAACUGCAAUUAGCGCCCUAUAACUUCCUCAUAUUUGUAUGUGCAAUAAGUUUAAAGUGCUGUUGUAAGAAAUCCGUGUCGAGAAAGUGCUAGAUUUUGUUGUACGACGCGGAACCAAAGCGGAAAAAGGGUUCUGCGUUUUGUUUGUUUUCAUCGAUUAUUGAUCUCAUUUUUUUCGCUGUAGGUUAAUCCCCGGGUGGGGCGGCAGCUUUCCAAUGUCUAAGAUGACCAAAAAUAAAUUAAAUCUAACCCUGCCGCCGGGUUCGGUGGAUGUUCCGGCAGGGCAGCAAACCACACCGACUCCGUCGUUUAGGACGCCCUCCGGGACCGAGUACGUAAUCGGGAAGCAUAACUUGCUGGGCAAGGCCAAGAACAGUAUCGAUGCACUGACUGAAACGUUGGAGGAGCUCGAGAUAGACGAGAAUGCCCGUAAACGGAUCAAGGUGUUCCUGAGUCAGAAAGAGAAAAUCGGAGAACUGAGCGACGAGGAUCUGGAGAAGCUGGGAGAGCUUGGUUCCGGCAAUGGAGGCGUUGUGAUGAAGGUUCGACACAUUCCCACCCAAUUGAUCAUGGCCCGGAAGUUGAUCCAUCUGGAGGUCAAACCGGCCAUCAAGAAGCAGAUCAUUCGGGAGCUGAAGGUGCUGCACGACUGUAACUUCCCGCACAUAGUAGGCUUCUAUGGGGCAUUCUACAGUGAUGGAGAAAUCAGUAUUUGCAUGGAGUACAUGGAUGGGGGUUCGUUGGAUUUAAUCCUGAAGCGGGCGGGUCGAAUCCCGGAACCGAUUUUAGCCAAGAUUACGAGCGCUGUCCUGAAAGGGUUGAGUUAUUUGCGCGAUAAGCAUGCAAUCAUGCAUCGGGACGUGAAACCAAGCAAUAUUUUGGUGAACAGCAGCGGAGAGAUUAAGAUUUGUGAUUUUGGAGUGUCCGGACAGUUGAUCGAUUCGAUGGCCAACUCGUUUGUUGGAACUCGGAGCUACAUGUCGCCGGAACGCCUUCAGGGCACUCACUACUCGGUCCAGUCAGAUAUCUGGUCCCUGGGACUGUCUCUAGUUGAGAUGGCCAUCGGUAUGUACCCGAUUCCCCCGCCGGAUGCUCGCAUGUUGGACCAGAUCUUCCAGGAUCGUGGUGGCGACGAUAGUUCACCGGGACAAAACAUAAUCGAACCGAAACCGAUGGCCAUCUUCGAGCUACUCGAUUACAUCGUCAACGAACCUCCGCCGAAACUGGAGCACAGUUCCUUCACCGAUCGGUUCAAAGAUUUCAUCGAUAAAUGUUUGAAAAAGAACCCCGAGGAGCGGGCCGAUCUAAAGACGUUAAUGAACCACGACUGGAUCAAAAACAUUGAACAGGAGCACGUCGACAUUGCCGGGUGGGUUUGUAAAACGAUGGAUCUGCUUCCGUCCACGCCGAAGCGGAAUGCAUCACCCAACUAGAUCGACCGUGAGGCCGUUCAGAGCGCAUUUCCUUAAUCUCUUGAAUCCAAUUUGUAUAUGUGUGUAUUCGCCGGAUCGCUGUUGGUCGUAAUUGUGUGGAAGCAACUUCCCGAACCAGCUAUCAAAAACAAAAACCUGAAACAACAAAAGUCUAUUCUCGUAUUACAUGAUAUAGUACAUAUACGGUGUGUAAAAGAUCGUUACAAUCAAUCAGGACAGCGCGCACGUCUCUCGUGUUUCCGUAUCCUUACCUUUUGCGCCUAGCUUUUAAGUUGAGCCUUUUGUUUCGUUACUGUAAAAAUUCAAAAGUUUCUCACAAAAGUUUAUUUUAUAAAUUUUUUUUGUUCCAAUUCGUAUUCGUUGCUCCAAUUUGUGAUUUUUCUCUCGAGGAUGGUUUGAUUUCUAAUACUCAGUCAUAAUUUUUGUUGCAUUAUUUUUUUUUAAAUGAAAGCUCGAGGUACCCCUUAUUUCUUAGGAUCAUUUUUUAUCAUUCGCACCAGCCAAAAAUUUUAAACUACUCAUGCAAGAAAAAGAAGAAGAAAAAACAACUCUGUAACUGAAUGUCAGUGUUAUAUUCCUUAUCCUCAGAAAUAUUUGAAUAAACAAAAAUUUUCAAGACCCAAACCAAAAACGAAUUCGAGGCUCGAUGAAUUGCGAAGUUACCUGUAAUCAGGGUUCAACACGCAGGAGUGCGUCCAAUGAGAAAGAGCAAAUAAAACGCAGCUCUUUCGUUCUCGGUUCACGGGCACAUUUGAUUGCUCGAAAUUCUCUCGAGAAAUUUGCGACCAAAACGCAGAUUGAAAAUUUUUGAGCAGAGCGAAUUCGCGCGCGCCUAUUCGAGAGCGCGAGCGGUUCGGAAACUGCGUUUGCGUUUUUCUGCCGCGUGCGUGUAGGAACACCGAGCAUCUACCGAGAGGACACGGCGGCUCACCGGACGGCGCGCGCGGCUCUCUUUAGCACACGGUGUGUUCGCCGUGUUUUCGUUAUAAAGGGCCGACGGAAUAAUCUGUGCGAAUAAUUAAAUCAAUGGAUAUGGUAAAACAGAUAGAAGCAAACAAUAGCCUUGGGUGGAGGGUUAUAAGAAUCCAUGUUAAAAGUUUAAAAAUACAUACUAGUAAUAGUAACCAGCACUAGUAACUAUGAAAAAUUUACCAUGCAAUAGUAAAAUUUCGCAAAAUUCGCCAAAUCAAACAGCAUAACAUAAGGAUUGUUAAAAUGCAUGUUAGAAAUAUUCUAGCCACUAGUAAUAGUUACCAGCACUAGUAACUAUGAAAAAUUUACCAUGCAAUAGUAAAAUUUCGCGAAAAACGCCAAAUCAAAGAGCUUCACACAAGGAUUGUUAAAAUGAAUGUUAAAAAUAGAACUAGCCGUGCCUGUUCGACUCGGCCGCUCGCGCAGAUUUCGGAUAGUGCAUCUCGUCGACGAGAACGAGGGGAAAAGAUUGAGCGAGCGUGUUUUUGUUUCGAGCGAGAGCGCGUCAACGGCCAGAACGCAAACGAAGAAGUGUUUCGCUCGAGAGGAAUGGUUUGCGUGUGCCGCGCGCGUCUAAAAGAGUGCGUUUUGUUGAACCCUGCCUGUAAUAUUAGCAAAAUGAUUCAACUGAACUAUUUAAUGGCCACCAGGAUGAAGUCAAACCUUUUAUGAGAAACAGCUAGUGAACACCUUUGCCCAAACAAAGGGUGGUCUUGUGUUUGUCAGUAACGAGCCCAGGAUCCGUCUGUCCGGCAGACGAAAAGACCAGCCAAACCUCGACCCCAACGAUUCAAACAUUGCAUCAGGGAGAGGGGAGAGGCGAUUAUCGCCAAGGCACCCAAGAGCACGUAUGCAGAUGUCCUAAGUCGGGAAUCACGUACGGCGAGCUCCUACGAAUGAUCCUCACAUCGGAAGCUGAACUCGUAGGAUUUGCAGAUGAGAGGCUCCUCGACAGCGGAGGUGCAACUUCUUGCCACAGUAGCUAUCCAGGCAGUGGAAAGCUGGAUGCACUCCCAGUGCCUGCGUCUAGCCCACCACAAAACCGAGAUGGUGCUGAUCACCAACCUGAUUUCACCCCAAACAGCUGACAUUGCAGUUAAACAGUGUGAUAUCGUGUCCAAACGCGCAAUUAAGUACCUUCCUAGGGGUGAUGCUCGACGACAGACUCAGCUUCACUAGUCAUGUUGACUAUGUGUGUAAGAGCGCGGCAAAGGCCACGGCCACACUCACACGGAUGAUGUUGAACUCAUCGGCAAUCCGCAGUAGCAAGAGGAGGAUACUGUCAAGUGUGACCACGUCAAUCUUGCGGUACGGAGCAGCGGCCUGAAGGCAGGCCCUGGGAAGAUAAUGUAACCUGCAGCGACUUAGCAGCGUUCAGCGGAUGAUGAAUCUGCGGGUUAUCAGUGGAUACCGGUCCAUCUCGUCCGAAGACGCUUGCCUAGUGGCGGGCGUCCUGCCCAUCUCGGUUUUGACAGAGGAGGAUGCUUAUUGCUACGACAAUAAAGACAUGCCCAACGUAGGAGAUCUCGCAAAUGAGGACUCGAUGUCCAACUGGCAGCACCUGUGGGACAGCUAAGCGAGAGGAAGGUGGAAGGUUGAUCUCGUCUGAUCCCGCACAUCGGGAGAAAGAAGACACGGUGAAGUGGUCAUCCAUAUGACGCAAUUCCCUUCUGUUCAUGGAUGCUUCAUGAAGUACCACUACCGGUUUAUACAUGUGGCUUCACCAUAUAGCCCAGAUUGUGAUAAAAACAGGAAACACCCGAAGUUGGCGGCGGUACGUACCAACAUAUUUGCCGUCUGUGGGCCCGAUACGCUAGUAGACAACGCGGUGCAGAAGAUGUGUACGGAUUUCGACACUUGGUAUGCGGUCAGCGAUGGGUUCACCCGGAUCAUGACUGUCUGCAGGGAAGUUGGAGUCAACGGCAGUCCACGAACGGUGUAGGAUGAGUAGUGUGCGUCUGGUCCCUUGAAGUUACAAACAUAAGGCAUAAUCUUCUACGUAGUGGAGGGAUCCACCGCCGGAAAGUAUCCGAGUAGUACCGUUUCAUAAGGAGGAAACUGCGGGAAUAACACUAUACCUUCCUUGUAGCGGUCCUGGCAGGAAAAGGGUUAAUCACUGUCGGGGGUUACCCACGGAUAGAGAGAUUCUCGAUUACGGGCGAGCCUCUCGAGUCGGUGUAGGAUGUCAUCACUGUCGGGAAACAUCCGAGUCGUAGCCUUCAAAGUCCCUAAUGUGUGCCGUGAUAGGAGUUUAGGAUAAAUGUGGAUAAACUGCUCUCGAUGUGGCACACGAAGGGGAAGAGAAAGUCGCGGGCCGAAAAUCUUAGGGUUGCCAGUCGAAGAAGACCGGACAACGGUCGAAGUAGACUGACCCCAUGGACGGCGGGCUGUCGAGUAGUGUGCCUCCGACCCCACGGCAUGAAGCUCUCUCCUUUUCGCUGCCUAGAGUGUUGUUACCACAGGUUAUGGGCCUAGUACUCGUAGAACGAAGGAGAAGUGAAAUCAAUGAGUAGACAGUCAUCCAGCAAGGAAGCCAAUAGAAGGACAAUGAGCCCAACGUUAGCAUUAGGAGGUCGUUGUGCCGGGAGAAGGUUGUCGAACCAGGAGGCACCUGGAAGAUCGUUGAAUCAGGAAACCAUGUGGAGGUUGACAAGCCAGUAGAUCGUUAGACAGGUGUCAUGUAAGGUCGUUUGGUCGGAUCCAUUGGAAACGGGGGCCAGCGGAAGGUCGUCGUGCCAUUGAUAAGGCAUCGGGCCAAAAGAAGAUCGUCGAGCCGGAAUGUAACAAGUCGUCGGACCGAAGCCACUGGGGGGUUAUCGUGCUGGGAUCACGACAAGGUCGCCGGGCCUGAAUCACUGGUAGGUCGUCGGACUGGAAGGUUGGCAGGUCGGGAAUACGUAGAGUCGUCUACAUGUCACAGAAGGUCGCCGGCCUGGAAACCCAAAUGGAGGUCGUCGAACUGGAACCAAUGGGAGGCGUCAGCCUUCAGGAUAGGCAUCGAGGCAGAAGGAAAGUUCCGAGCCGUACGAAGAACGUCGAGACUAGAGGCAUGGAUGGUCGUCGGGCCCGAGCCACAGGAAGGUCGUCCUGCCAGAUCACGGUGGAGGACACAAAAACUACACUCUAAAGUACAGACGAGACUUGAGGUCGACAUAAAGCGGAAUGAAUAAAACCAUGAAACAGGAGUAGUGGGUGAAUGAGAACUGUGAUAUACCACGCACAAAAUAACCUAAAUCAAGAAAAAUCGUAUCAUCGAACCUUUACAUAUAUUUACUCCAAUCAAUCUAGGCUAGGGUAGGGGACUUAAACAAAUUUUCAUCUACAGUUUUCUUACGUUUCACUUGUUUACCCAUCGUAGAAUAGCCGUCACAAGUUUAGUUUACGUAGAAACUUAAAAUAAUACAACACAUAUUUUUACACCGAACUGCGCUUGGUUGCUACAAGCAAAAAACUUACUUGCGUAAUAAGAACUCCUGUUCCGGACGAAGAGCUAGUUAGUGUUCAAACUAUCUGAUAUGAUCUGAAAAGCAGUUUUAAGGUAUCUUACACAACGGUCAGUAGAAUCUAAUAGAGCUUUUAGCCUGGUUGCUGGCUGCGUCUUUAUAGGGUCUGUAACCUAAGGUUUCAAAAUAAGUAAUUAAAAGAUUUUUUCAAACAAAAUUCAAACAUUUGAAAAAAAAAAACAGAAAUUAGUUCGCUCUGCUGCGCAAUGCAAGGAUGGAUGCCUCCGGUUUGCUUUUUUUUAGAUUUAUCACAAUUUUGUUGUUGAAUGAUUUUCGUGAACCACUGCGUCGUCUAAUCCGGUAAGUUUGCGACGAUGAAGGUUAGGUAGGUAGUUGACUCUGCAUUUGAGGCUUUCGAAGUUCGACGUUCUCCAGAAGCAGAAUUUCGCUAAAGUCGAUUUAGUUUAAGCUUUGAAUGUACGCUGUUUUGAUUUAAUUGAUUUAAACUCGUUAGCAAAAGUGUUCCUGUUUUUUGAGCAAGCAUGACAUGAUUAAUCUCAUUCUUUUACGAGCAUUCGCACACUCGCCUCCUUCGGAUAACAGUGUGUUGAUUAUGUGAAUAAUUAUUGUUUUUUUUCUGAUUUUUCUAAGUAUGAUUGGCGUCUUCAAUGCGUUACUUCGUAGUUGGAUUACCUCUAACCGUAAUUUAUUGUGAUUUCACCCUUUGAGGGAUUUGUUAAGUAGAAUAAUUUACAAAUUGCUCUAUCACGCGUGGCUACUCGCUUUGCUGGAGUAGCUCUCUUGCUUACCUCAAUUUUGGUGGUCGUCUACCGACUACCGGAUGCCAGCCCUCAGUGGUGGAUAACCAAAUCCACCACUAAGGAACGAAAGCCCCGGUCAAGGAAGUACCAGCGGUUUGAAAUAUGCCCGGCAGAAAAUGGCCGCCGAUGAGGGGGGCAAAUCUUGACUGCGGUAGUACGUGUUGCACUCCUUCUCUGUGAGUUUGUCGAAAACGGCUGCGUACUCGCGAUGGAACGAAAUCAGAUCGAUGUUGGCUCGCCCGAGGGCUAUGAAGGCCAGGAACAGAAUGUCCCGGUAGAUGGAGUGGGUUCGAUCGACGCCCCGGUGCUUCAACUUGUGUCGCUCGUUGGCCAACCGCUUGACCGGGGUUAGCAAAUCGUUGCAGCGGAUGGACGCGAUCACCUGUUGCAUGACGCUGUUUUUUUUUAUGGAAAGAAUACGGUUAUAAGAUUUCGAGUAAAAGUACAAAAACAAACUUACGCCCUAUUGAUCGAUGUUUGAUCCGUCAGAAGUGCCUUCAACAGAGGACUAGCUGGUUGAUUUUGUGUCCACAGCAUGUACAUAGCGGGACCGGCUUCCGAAUGUAACCGCGGGUUAUCCCACAAACAGUGAACUGACACGGUUUUUAAAUUGCUUAAAGGAUCAUCAUUUUCACCCUCCUAAAGAAAAGAAAAUAUAACUCUAAGAGUUGAUCUAAAAAUUGAGAAAUAAAUAUACAAACCUGUUUGGGCAAACAAAGGUUCGGUAAAUGCGUCGUUACAUCGAUGCGCUCCAUCACCCAUACCAGAUUCCAAUAGAUGAUGGGAUGUUCGUCGACAAAGUUUGGCUUCGACGGGGCAAAGUCGCCUUCCUGGCUGAGAAUGUUCUCCAACUCUUUGCGCAGGACAAGUGGGUUGAGAUAUGGCACGCUAAUCACGUCUGGAUUCGCUUGCUGCUGUUUUGUCGCAGUCAGUGCUCUCCUUUGCGCCCCCGAAAGGAUAUGCACAUUCAGAAACGGUACCGUUACUUUGCUGCAGGCAUGGCAGGUGGUGUUCAAAUUGGAAUCCUCGGCCGACCAUCCGGCCAUGAUGUCUUCGUCGUACAGAAGCACGGAACAGUUGUGACACUGGGAACAGGACGUAAUUUGGAUCACGUAGUCGGCUUCAUUGGUAUCGGAAACCUGAUGGGUAGAAAGUAGAGAUAUGUUUUGUACUGAAGUAAUUUCUAGCGAUUUCGACUUACCUCAUUUGUCAAAGGGUACACAUUUUCUGGCAGGGUAGGAUACGCGUUCAAGCUCACAUUAGAGGUGGCAUUCUCGCCCAGAGGCACUAGAUUGUUGUAGCUGGACUUGCGCGACUCGCUGAAGCGACCCCACAGAUCAAACUCGCUCGAGACACGGCGAGAUCGAGAGCCACCACCAUUCACGGUGCUGCCAUCUUCAUUCACCAGAUCCGAUUCCGAACCUAGUGCAUCCCGUUCCGAGUAACCGUUGCCACCUCCGGUAAGUGUCGUUCCGGAUCCGGUUUUUACCGGUGUCGAAUUGGCCGAGAUGGCUUCCUUAAUCUCGUCUAGCUUUUUGGCCAUCGAAGUGGCUGCGUACUUGAUGCUACUAAUACCACCCUGUAGUAUCUCGUUGGAUUUCUUACCCGUCAGACUUGGGCUAAAACGGAAAAGUAUUAGAUAAGUGAUUCCAUUUAAAAAAUUCCCAAAAGGGAUAACUCAUAGACAAGACGUGCUACUGCACAAAAACUGCAAUCAAAACAACGGACAAAACUUAACUGAAGAAAAUCAAAUGGGCCCAACUUACCUGACGCUGGAAAUGCUUUCUAUCACAUUGGUUGAGAGCGAUUUGAAAUCUUUUUUCAUGGAUAAACGUGCAGGUGAGUAACGGCUAAAAUGUUAUACGAGCGAGCGAGCGGGCGCAAAAAUGUAACAAUGGAAAAACAAAAAGGAAAGAAUAAAAACAAUAAUGAUAAUGUUGAAAAACAAAAGUCUAGAGCAAUCGAGUCGUUUUAUUUAUGAGUCUAGCGAUACCGAAAAUAACUAAGAAGUUAAUUGUAUGAUGCCGGGGCUGGAUUCUCAUGAACAUGACAUUUUUUCCUUAUCUAUUCGUUUCCUCUUUACUCUGGCCUACUUUUCUAUAUUAUAGUCUAUUCUGCCCUAACUUAAUCUACUAUGCCUACUCUGUUCUAUUCGUCUCUAUGUUUACUACUGCACUACACUCUAUUUCACUCUAUUCUACUCUAUCAUACUUAGCCUAUCCUAUUAUAUUCUACUCUACCCUAUCCUACUUUACCUUAUGCUGCCCUUUUCUAUCCUACCCUAUUCUAUCAUUACCCAACGCUAUGCUAUCUUAUCUAAUCCAAUCCUCAUCUCUCCUAUCUUGUCCUACUGUUUCCUAUCAAAUCAAAUCGAAUCCGAUUCUAUCCUACUUAACCUACCAUAUCUUACACUACUCUUUGUAUCCUAUCCUACCUACCCUAUUGUACAAUAGUCUAUGCUACCCUACCCCAUCCUUUCUUGUUCUAUCGUUUCCUGCUCUACUUUACCUUACUCUAAUCUACACUACUUGACCCUACCCUACUCUACUUUACUCUACUGAAAUCGCACCUAUCUUAUCUUUCAAUAAGUACAUAUUAUCCUAAUCUACUUAUCCCCUAUCCUAAAGUAGUGUUGGAUAAAAUUUUUUUUUUUUUUUUUUUUUCAUAGCGUUUAAAUAGCUCGGGGAGCUGACGCUGGAAAUGAAAAUUAGAAUAGUUUGGAGAAGAAAAUUUAAAGUUUAGAGAAGGCAGCGUAGAAUAGUAAGCGAUCUUGAGACGUUGGUUAAACCAUCAAGCACUUCAUUAUAUCCAUGGAAUAUGGAUAAAAUGCAGUUCAAGAUAAUAAACCAACCCCUCCCGAUACCAGUUGGAGGAAGGACAAGGGUGGGUUCGAGACUGGCCUCUACAUACUCCCCAAGCAUCUACAUACUACGGUUUAUAAGCGCAUUGAAAAUAUUAAAAAUAAAAAGGAAGGAUCUCACCAAGUUAUAGGACACCAUCUUCAGCAGUUGAUUUAUGGUUAGAUCCUUGGGCUGGCAACCAUGUCAUGCGAAAGCCAACGUCUGGGUCCCAUGAUGUUAGGGGAUGGCUUGAAGGUUCGCUCAACGUCAUCAUUGGACCAAAUGAUUUCUCGGUAGUACAUGCCACGAUACAUGAAAAGAAAACAGAAAAAAAAGAAAAGAGAAAAAAAAGAGAAAAAAAAGAGUUAGUUCAUAUCAUCUAUCAAUAUCUAAGAAGAAGCCUAGCUUAAACUCAUAAUAAACCGAGAUCAAAUUAAUAGUAGAAGUAAGCUACAUUGUUUCUGUCAUAUCAUAGAACCAUACUAUUUUACCAAAAUAUGGAUGUGAGAGCCUGUUUGCUUUUUGAAGCAAGCCUAUUUCAAACUAAUAAAAAUUCUAGCUCAAAUUAAUAGUAGAAGUAAGCUACCUUAUUCCUAUCACAACAUCAUCACAAUCAUGCGAAUUCAACAAAUUAUGGAUAUAAGAGCCUAUCUUACCGUUUGAGCAUUGCCCUACACUACCUGCCUCACAUAGUUGAAUGCCUACUUUUGAAUGAGAUUUAAAAAUUGCCAAGACUGUUUGCUUUAAACUAUAAUACUAUCAAAACAACUCAGGUGACAGAUCCGUUUCACAAACCUUAAACCACAAAAUAUCAUUUCCAUCCAAUUAGCCCCCAGUGAUUGAAAAAAGCUAGAUUUAAGAAUAAGCCAUCGUAAUUCAUAAACCGCAAAUACACAUCCACUGGAGCAUUGGGGAGGAAUAUGGUAUUUGAAUAUGUUAACCUACUCCUUUCUAACUUUCCAACUAUUUGAAUAUAUCUGAGAGAGAGAAAAAAAAAAAAAACUCCACCUCCGAAUGAUCUGAAAAAUAGAAAAGAACAUUAAGAAAAAUAGAAAAGAACAUUAAAAUGACAAUAAAAGGUCAAACAAUCAUUUCUGAUCGGACCAGAUUGACCAUGUGAUUGAGCUUUAGUUAAAAGCCGUGGGACCGACAUCUAGGGGUUCCGUUUCACUUAUGGUCGGAAGUGAUCCGUUGAUGCCUAUAGCAACACUGAACUGUGAUACUCUCACUAUUCUAUAUUUAAUGUUGCUAUACGUCAAGGUAUACCCAUUUAUAUCAAAGUGAUAUAAAUGAGCACUCAAUCACGCCCACGGCU